AAAACCUACACAACAAAACACACACACAUUACAGUAUUACACAAACUCCUCUCUCUCUCUCUCUAAAUACUUUAAUGUGGAGUAGUGUUUAUUCUCUCUCCAAUAAUCACUCACAAAACAUAAUCGGCAGAUAGGCACCCCCCACCUCUCAUUCUUUCACUUUCUGUGAGUAGAGAAAAAAGCAUCCAAAAUGUUGAUCUUGAUCUUGAUCAAGGUUCUCUUUCUGCAACAAUAACUCCUCAACAACUGUGUUUGUGUGUGGGGGUCUCCCUUCUCUCUUGCUAAAUUGUGCUAUUUUUGCGUAGCUCCCAAAUUCUCUCUCUUCUGGGUCUGCCAUUAGCACUGGCAUGGGAAGCUCACAAGUCCCUCUCUCAGAGAAACUUUAUUCAUCAAAAAAGCCAAAGCGACAGUAGCAGUAAGUAGCAGUCGCAUAUGGAGUAGAAGAAGCAAAUACAAAAAGAGGAGAAACAAAGAGAAAAAUCUUCCAUCUGCUUCAAACAAAGAAUAUCAGAGACCCCACACCUCUUCCUCCUCUUCCUCUCCCUCUUCAAACAAGAUUGGGAUAAAUAAAAAUCCAAUCUUUACCUUUCUUGAUUGCCCAAUUUUGUCCAUCUGUAUCAAUUGUGGCUACCACUCGCCGUCUUCCUUCCGAUUCCACCGGCGCCUUCGCUGAGUGGGUCGCCUCUUCCUCCGCCGCCGCCGCCGGCGAUCUCUCCUUGGGCUUCAAUGCCGCCCCCUCCGCCACCAACUCCGCCGCCGGAAUGUGGCCCUCCUCCGCCGCCGCCCCACAUCAACUGCGGCCUCCCCCCGGAAUUCUUCUUCGUCGCGCCGGCCUCCUCAUUCCACCACCACGCCGAGCCCGCCACCACCAUCAACUUCGAUCCCCACUCCCUCAACGUCGGCGUGAUCCCCCUCCUCACCGCCUCCCCUUGCAUCCCCGCCGCCGCCGAAGACGACGCCGCCAUCAACGCCCCCCGCAGCCGCGGCAUGCAGCUGUGGCAGCACCAGCAGCUGCAGCAGAAACCCUUGAACAACGCCGAUCACGCCAAUCUCCUCACCAACAGCGGCGGAGGAGGCGGCGCUUCCUCCUCCGCCGCAACAGCCACUUGCCAAGACUGCGGCAACCAAGCCAAGAAAGACUGCCCCCACCGCCGCUGCCGUACUUGCUGCAAGAGCCGCGGCUACGACUGCUCCACACACGUCAAGAGCACUUGGGUCCCCGCCGCCCGCCGCCGCGAGCGCCAGCUCAUGGGCGGAAACGCCGCCGCCUCCUCACAGUCCACUUCCGGCACCAAGAAACCCCGCCUCGCCGGCGCCUCCCAGACCACUACCGCCUCCCACACUUCCACCUCCAACACCACCCCUCCACGAAGCUUCGACACCACCUCCAGCCAUCUAGACGCGAGCUUAAAAGAGUCAUUACCAGGGCAAGUGCGUGCGCCGGCGGUGUUCAAGUGCGUGAGAGUAACAGCUGUGGAUGAUGGUGAAGAUGAGUUUGCAUAUCAAGCCGUGGUCAAAAUAGGUGGUCACAUUUUCAAAGGCUUCCUAUACGAUCAAGGGUUUGAAGGGAGGGAGAGCUUUCCCGAUAUAUCCGAAUUGCAUUUAGGCGGCGUCGGAGGCAGUGGCAGUGGGAGGCCCGCCCUCGAUCCGUCGGAUAUCUACGCUGCCUCCGGGGGAGGGUUGCUUGGUGGAUCGGCUUAUGGAAACCAAAUAAAUUGAUUUCACUACAAUUGGAGGAAAGGGUUCAAUCUGAAUUUAUGAUUUAGAUAACACCCUCUAUUUUUCUUGUUGUUGCUAAUAGUAUCUUUUCAUGAUCAAUUCAUCUUUUCUAGAUUUUGGUAAUUAAGUAACCCAUCUUUUGUGUUCCAAGUUAUGGUUUCAGCUCGAGGCUCUAGGCGUCCCUAAUCAAGAAGAGUCUCAUCAUUUGCCCAAAAAAGAUGACUUCCUUUUACUACUCCAUCUCAGAGUAAUUUCCUUAAUACUGUCGAUAUAUGUCAUGUCCAAGUUUUGCACCUUUGAGUGUAAAAUGAGAGUUUUAAUGUGCACAAAUAAGAGGUGGUUCCAACUUGGGGAAUUUUCUUGACUUCAAAUGUAUGAUAUAAUGUUAUUUUGCUA